GCGAAACAAACAAGUUCCAUGUAAGAUUUAAUGACCCUAAGGUGUGCAAAUCGUUUUUGUUAAGCUGUUGCCCGCAUGAAAUUUUGUCAUCAACGAAACAUCUCAGUUUUCUAUUAUUACAUGAAGAUAGGUGUUAGAUUUUGUAAGUACAAUUACGUACGUAUGCAAAAGUAUUUCAAUAAUUAGGUUAUCACUUGGCUAUUCAAAAAUGUGUAACGUUAUGACGAGUAAAUAAAUGGUACUGAUUAUUCGACGAAGGACUCUCGGCUUAAUAAAAUGAUUAUGACAUUUAUCAAAGUUCGCGUUAAAAGAUUUCGGAUCAUUACCAUUUUUGUUACUCUUUAUAUUCACAACGACUUGGAAGGUGUGGCAAACGUUUCCUUUAUACUGUCCUCAUAAAGGUUUGGUAAGUAAUUCAAUAUAAACGUAGAAGGCAUAUUUCAUUGGAACUAGGAAAAUCGUGCAUCUAAAAUAUCACUUUGUGAGUAUACUGGGUUAACAUUAUUUAUCACAUUUAGAUCAGGUUCCACAAAGAGAAGGCUGUCGGGAUAUAAUUUUACGGUCUAUAAUCUACACAUCAAGUUCUCUCUCAUUCGAAGCGAUUUAUUCCUUAGUGUAAUACUGUUUGGAUAUUAUAACAUCAUACAUGUAAAUAAAAAUGGUGAUUGAAACAAAUAAUAAUCAGAGUGUGCAAGAGAAAAUUUUGUUUUUCAUGGCAUGCUUAAAAAUGUUUUUUUGAUUUUGUUUGCAAAAAAAUGCCAAUGCUAAGCAUCACAGAUUUCUAAUGAAGGUCUUAUUGCAUUUUCUGACACAGAGGUUAGAGGCUAAGUUGUGUUGUUUAUAGAUCUUUCGUAAUUGUAAUUCAAGUUUUGAGAAAAAUUGCUGUUUUUGUGGAAUCUGAAAAUAUGCAAAAUCAUAAUCGUAAGGAGUUUUAUCAAUACACUUUCAUGAAUGGUGUGUUCACAAUGACAAAUUAUUUGUUACCUGUUGUAUCUUCCCUGUUAAAAAUUAAAAAAUCCACGAAGACAAGAUGUUUCUCAUCAUUAUUGGCGGCGUACACAAUCAGAUUUUUGAGGAAAUGAACUUAAAUACUUGUAAGUUUAUUGUUUAUAUUUUAUUACUUUCUUAUUUUCAUUUGUUAAACUGCCGCAUAUCGAGUAGUGCCUAUAUACCUUCAGUUUUAUUUUUCAUGUACGUGUUUAAAAAGAGCAUGAUCGUAAUGGAAAAUUUGUUUCUUUGAGUUUUUGUUUUAAGAAAUGGUGUUAUGUAAAAUCAGAGUAAGUAUGUUUGGAGAAAACUUCAAGGCCGUAAUAAAAACAGUAGGGUACAAUAAAUCCAUGACUACCUAUAAAUAAAAUUGAACUGCGUGACCAUCUUCAAGUGGUGGAAACAUGUUUACGAUCAAUAGAAAAGUUGAAUGCUUAUAGACGUAAUGCAUGAUUGCGAAUUAUUUUUUUAUCUUGAAUCGAUGGACAACGGUGAAAUAAUGUACAAUCUGUGAACCCCAAAAUUCUUUGUAGCGAUUAAGUAUGCAUUGGUCACAUUAUUAUGUAACCAAAUCAUUUCUUGGUGUUUGUUAUGUUAACAGCGGAUGGAUCUAGGGGAAUGUCCCAAAAUUCAUGACUUGGCUUUGAGAGCAGAUUUUGAAAAAGCACAGUCUCAUAAGGAUUAUUUUUACGAUCUUGACGCGAUGGAGCAUCUUCAAGCGUUUAUCAGCGAUUGUGACCGACGCACCGAAGCCGCCAAGCAAAGACUCGCAGAAACACAGGAGGAACUGUCAGCGGAAGUUGCCGUCAAGGCCAACAAUGUGCACGAACUCGCCGAACAGAUUGGUCAGAAACUUGCUAAAGCCGAACAGCUGGGAGAGGAGGGAUUUGUCGAAGAAAGUAUGAAGCUCAUGGAAGAAGUUGACGAAUUUAGAAAGAAAAAAUUGGAGGCCGAACAAGAAUAUCGAAACUCCAUGCCCGCGAGCAGCUACCAACAGCAAAAGCUUAGAGUUUGUGAAGUAUGCUCCGCCUACUUGGGCAUUCAUGAUAACGACCGGCGUCUCGCGGAUCAUUUUGGCGGAAAAUUGCAUCUUGGUUUUAUUAAAAUCAGGGAGAAGCUGAUAGAAUUGGAGGCUACGGCAGAAAAGCGAAAGGAAGAGAAGCGGAAGUCGAUGAGGGACCGAGAUCGCGAUUUUGAAAGGGAAGAAAGAUAUCGUGAGCGGCACAGGGAACAGUACGUCGGCGGUCGUGAACUGGAUCGGCGCUCUAAGAGGCAUCGUUCCAAGUCUCGCGAAAGGAAUCGUCAUACUGAAAAAGACAAGGAUCGCGAUAAUAGAAGUCGCCCUUACAGAUCUAGAUCCAGAAGUCGAGAUCGCAAUCGUCGCUCACAUUCGCGUCACUCCAACUCGAGUGAUAAGAAACGUGACAGGGAUUAAGGGAGUGGUUCAGAUGCUGUAAGUUAUUCUAAUUAUUAAUUGCACCAUUUGGGUUGCUUUGAAGUUGUAAAUCGUAAUAUUAUAAAUAAUCAAUUAUGUGAAUUCAAUUGACUUGCAAGUUUCUGAAAUAUUUAGUUCUUAAAGAUUUGUUUUUUUUUAAAAACUUGAAUAAAUAUAUAAUUGAACAAA